AUGUAAAAGUUUCAUGGGCAAUUUAGUUGCUGUCAUUGUUGAUGGAGCCAUCAAGUGUGUGACUGAAUGCAACAGUCUACAUCCACGCCCUAAAACAUGCUACAAUAAGGGAAUCUGCAGACUGUUCAGUGGCUCUGGACCUCUUUGCCAAUGCCAACAUGUGGAUUCCACUUGGUACUUGGGCAAUGACUGUAGCUACCCUAUAGUGAGGACUGCUUUCUACAUAGGGUUAAGUGUGACCUUUGCUUGCCUGUUGGUGUCGGUGGGAGCCUUAACUGCAUACCUGAUGAUCAGCAAACGCAAGCAAACACUGAAUAAAGACAUUAAAAACAAACAGGUGAAUCAGUGGAUGGCUGAAGACUUUGAGUGGUCCAGAGCCAACAGCGCCACUGGCACAUAUAAUGCUGGUGAGUUUGUAAACAUUCGCACCUGAAGCAUAUGCCGUCCACAGAGAGGUUGACAGACAUCCUGCACCUGUCUACCAGCUCAGCCAACCAUCUUUGGAUACUGACAGCAGACAUUGGAGCCCGUCUGCAAGCAUCUACCUACCAUU